AGACUCCCUUGCAUACGCUCAGUACUUUACUGCUUCUCUCGGACCCUUGAAAUUAGCGAUCGUCGCUCUUACAGCUGUCUAUCAUCCACGUCCAGAGCUUCACAGUAGUAUUUCUCCCAAGAUGGCCGCCGCAGCUUCUGUUUACCCUCCGCUUGACCAGCGCCCGGUCAAGAACACGGUGCUCCUGUUCGAUGUCGACGACACACUCACAAAGCCGCGCCAGCUCGUCAAGCCGGAGAUGCUUCAGCUGCUCUCUGAGCUCCGUCACAAGGUCGCUAUUGGCUUCGUAGGUGGCUCGAACCUCGCCAAGCAGCAGGAGCAGCUCGCGACAGCAGACGUGAACGUCACAUCCCUUUUCGACUUCUGCUUUGCCGAGAACGGUCUCACAGCAUACCGUCUUGGAGAGGAGCAGGCUAGCCAAAGCUUCAUUGGGUGGAUUGGGCAGGAGAAGUACAACAAGCUCGUGAAGUGGAUUCUGCAUUACAUUGCCGACCUCGACAUUCCCAUCAAGCGUGGUACCUUUGUUGAGUUCCGCAACGGCAUGAUCAAUGUCUCUCCCAUCGGCCGUAACGCCUCUACCGAAGAGCGAAACGACUACCAAAAGUACGAUAUCGAGCACGACAUCCGCCCUACCAUGGUUCGCAAGCUGAAGGAGGAGUUCCCUGACUACGGACUUACAUACUCGAUUGGCGGGCAAAUCUCCUUCGACGUGUUCCCCACUGGCUGGGACAAGACAUACUGCCUGAACUUCAUCGCGAAGGAGAAGGAGAGAGAGGACGGUGUGGACUACCAAACCAUUCACUUCUUCGGUGACAAGACAUACAAGGGCGGCAACGACUACGAGAUCUACAGCGACUCGAGGACGAUUGGGCACUCGGUGAAGAACCCCGAUGACACAUACGCGCAGUUGCAGGAACUGCUCAAGUCUUUCCAGCAGUAGGUGCGCGAUGAACAGAGCAAGUUCCAAUGGAUACAUGCCAACAGCCACUAGCAAGAAGAGUUUAAUCUGACAGAAGUAUAAUUGCCAAAAUACACUUUGAGUCUGCAUGGCAUUUGAGACCGUAGUCCAGACCGCAAAC